UCGCGACACUUUUGCGCCGCUCCCCCUCCUUCCCGUUCCCAGCUUUACGGCCGGUGCUUGGCGGCGGGCCCGUGGAGCCGGAAGCGGGCAGCGGCGGUGGUCGUGAGGGAGGCCGGAGCUGCCCAUGCCGAGCGGGGCUACAUGAGGAGGAGGAAAGAGCAGCGGCGACGGCUGUGCUGACUGAGGCGGGGGCCCGGCCAAGAUGAAGCUGAGCACGCAGGCCUACUGCAAGAUGGUGCUCCACGGCGCUAAGUACCCGCACUGCGCCGUCAACGGGCUCCUGGUUGCCGAGAAGCAGCCGCAGCACCACCAGCAGCGAGGCCGGGAGAGGGAGCCGACGGGGCCUCACCUGCCGGCGCACGCGCUCUUCGUUGACUGCAUCCCGCUCUUCCAUGGCAGCCUCGCCCUGGCGCCCAUGCUGGAGGUGGCGCUCACACUGAUUGAUUCAUGGUGCAAAGAGAAUAGCUAUGUAAUAGCCGGGUACUAUCAAGCUAAUGAACGUCUGAAAGAUGCCAGUCCAAACCAGGUUGCUGAAAAGGUUGCCUCCAGGAUUGCAGAAGGCUUCAACGACACAGCCCUCAUAAUGGUGGAUAAUAGUAAAUUUACAAUGGAGUGCAUAGAACCGACUGUUCACGUGUACGAACAUCACGAAAACAAAUGGAGAUGCAAAGACCCACACUUUGAUUACUGUGAAGACUGGUCAGAAGCCCAGAGGAUCUCUGCCUCACUUCUGGACAGCCGGUCCUAUGAAACACUAGUAGAUUUUGAUAAUCAUUUGGAUGACAUCCGGAAUGAUUGGACAAAUCCAGAGAUUAAUAAAGCCGUCCUGCACCUCUGCUAGGGAGUCUCCCAUUGACUUGAUUUGUUGGCAUUUCCACUGUGCUGAAGAAGAAACAAAAGGGGGAGAUGAAUACUUUUUGAAUGUAAAUAAAGUACUAAAACGGUUCCUUCAAGUGAUGUGGAAAGCCAAUGAGUGAGACACAUCACUUGGGAGAGAGAGA